AUGGAAGUGACCAGGUACCAAUUCUCCAGGACAACCAACAACUCUGAGGAAAGGGUUCUAGCUCAUUUCAGUAACAUACUGCUAGUGCUGGACGAGAUGCCAAACUUCCCUGAGGAGCUCCAAGGGGCAAAGAAAGGGAUUCUGUAUCUCACACAGUACAAAAUGAUAUUCCAGCACAAGAACAAGGGCUCCACGACCAUCCGCUUUCCACUUCAGCUCCUGGGGGACUGUAUGAUAGGGGAGGAGCUGAGCUCCAGACAGCAAUAUAUCAAAGGGACUAUUACUUCCAGUCAAGGUGUUCUCACCUUCAAAUUCAUCUUCCUGUAUGAAGCCACUGAUUGCCUGAAUAUGAUCAAAACCCUGUCUUCAGCAGAUACAUUAAGAGAGGCUGCUAAUCUUCAGGACUAUCCAACAGCCUCCAUCUAUACCUACGCCCACCCAUCAGCACCUCAGGUUCCCCGUUCGCUCAACACACUUCCAUAUUGGCCACCCCCCUAUCCUGGCCCACCACAGUUACCCCCACCCUACUCUGAAGUGGAGUCAACAAGCCCAAGAGAGAGCCAAGAGGGCUGCUGCCACUGCAGGGCCCUGAGAACCCAAGAACAGACAGACAGGCAGAACUGA